UUCAAAUGUUUCAUUUAAGUACAGAUGAAAUAUUUGCAGUGGAAGGAACCGAAAUGCUGUAGUACUUUCCAAGUUACCGAACAAAAUACCAUAAAAAUGCUUAAUGAAAAAAAAUUGAAUAAGCUCUGAAAUGUUUUGUCACUAGUCAGCCAAUAAUAUUAUUAAAGUUUACUUUGUCCAGGUUUAGUUGCUUUAAAGGAAAAUUGUUUAAUUUCCCCUGCUUGCAAAAUUGAAUUGAUCAAGAAAAUGUUGACAAUAAUUGGGCCGUGAGUUUAUCCUCCAAUAAAUAGAUCAUUGAACGUACACUAUAAUUUUCCUCAUUGAGUUUUUCAUGUUUGCCAGUUUUUCCUGUUCAUAUGAAUGGGCGGCGACGAAAAUUCGCGUUAGUUGAAAAUCGUAUUUUCUCGAGUUCAGAUAGUAGUCGGCGCUAACAACAGGUGUAUAGCAGCUAUUGAUGUAAAAAUAAACGGCAUUUUCGAAAUUAAUUUUUGCUAUUGUUAGCUAUGUGUCCUUUGAUAGUGGUUUAUUGGUGAAUGGCAACGUUAUUGUUCAAUCAAUAUGCAAAGAAUUUUAAGUGUUGAAACGAGCAGGAAUGUGAGUCAAGCCAAUUCGGAGUUUGUCACCAAAAGAUUUUGUUGCAGCUUUCUAUUGACUGUGGCUUUUUUCUCUAUAGUAGGAGGAUUUUUGCUUGGAAAAUUCGUCUCAGAUCGAGCACUUGAGGACAUGAUCCGAGAAAUGUACCAGGUGACCACGAAAGUUCAAAUACUCAACAUCAAUCUCCAGGAUGUAUUCCAAUCUGGCCUCAAUCUAUCCAUUAGUGAAGACUAUAUCUUCCUGCAUUGCAAUUUCCUUGCCAUUGGAAGGAAUAACACUGGAAUGCUGGCAGCAGCGGUGUAUUUGACCGACUUGAAUGAAUGCUUUAACAAUGGUUGAUAUGGAAGAUCCUAUAGAAGCGGAUUUGGAGCAAUUUGUGCAACAUUUUCAAACUGUUUGGAGUGUAUUUGUGACUGGAAGAUUCGUUGCUUGGUUUAAACCAUAUCCAAACACUUUUGUUAGUUUUUUACUCCAGUUUCAGAUAAAAAAUUUGCAGAGUUGUAACUUAGUGUUUUAUGUACCUAUGGUUUGUUUGCAGCACUUAUUAAAGGAUUUUUUUAAAUGUA